AUGAAGGAGCCGUCGCUGCCCGGCACCUCGCUGCAGCGGGCCUGCCGCCUCCUCGUCGCCUUCUGUGCCCUCCACCUCUCGGCCACGCUGCUCUACUACCUGGCGGGCAGCGCCCUGGGGCCGCCGGGCAGCCCCGAGCCGCCGCCGCGCCGCCCGCCGCCCGCCAACCUCUCGCUGCCGCUCUCCCGCCCGUCGCCGCCCGCCGCCCGGGCCCGGUCCCCGCCCGCCGAGCCGCCUUCGGGCCCCUGCCCCGAGCCCUCCCCGCUGCUCGUUGGUGCACUGCGUGUGGAGUUCUCCCAGCCUGUAAACCUGGAAGAAGUGGCAAGGAUAAACCCACAGGUCAGAGCAGGAGGUCGCUUUGCUCCCAAGGACUGUGUAGCACUUCAGAAGGUAGCAAUAAUCAUACCCUUCAGGAACCGAGAGGAGCACCUCAAGUACUGGCUCUAUUACCUGCACCCAAUUCUCCAGAGGCAGCAACUGGAUUAUGGAGUAUAUGUUAUCAACCAGGAUGGAGAAGAAGAAUUUAACCGCGCUAAACUGCUGAAUAUUGGAUUUGCAGAGGCCUUGAAGGAGUAUGACUAUGAUUGCUUUGUGUUUAGUGAUGUAGACCUCAUCCCAAUGGAUGACAGGAACACCUACAAAUGUUACAGCCAGCCACGGCACCUCUCCGUAUCCAUGGAUAAAUUUGGAUUUCGGUUACCUUACAAUCAGUAUUUUGGAGGUGUGUCUGCCCUAAGCAAAGAGCAGUUCACAAAGAUCAAUGGGUUCCCAAACAAUUACUGGGGCUGGGGUGGUGAAGAUGAUGACAUUUAUAACAGGCUGGUGUUUAAGGGCAUGGGGAUAUCCCGUCCGGAUGCGGUCAUUGGGAAGUGCAGAAUGAUCCGGCAUUCCCGGGACAGGAAGAACGAACCCAACCCCGAGAGGUUUGACCGAAUUGCUCACACACGGGAGACAAUGAAUUCGGAUGGCUUAAAUACACUAUCCUACAAGGUGUUAAGAACUGACAAGUACCCUCUGUACACAAAGAUCACAGUGGAUAUUGGCUCCCCCAAUAGCUAACAUCAGAGACACGACAGAGACUUGCCUAUAUUGCCCAGGAUAUCUGGCCUCACUGAUGCAUUAUGUGUGCUGGUUUUAAAAGAGUUGAAGUGAAUCAAAAAAAAAAAAAAGGCCUCUUUUGGCAUGCCAAAGUGUCUCCAAAGUGGUUGGACAAGUGCUUUUUAAUUUUUUUUUUAAAUUUCAAACUUGACUUUACACAACUUUCUAGCUCUCCGUUGUUUUGUAAGUCCAGAAGCUGUACAUACGAGUUGUAAAUAGUUACUUUGCCAUAGAAUGUUGAAUCUGAUGUCGAAUUAAUUGCUGGACUCAAAAUUUUCUGAUUUAUGACUGUGAUAUAUCAACAGUUACUGCCCAUGAUAUUUGGUAUUUUGAAUGAGGUGUGUGCAGGCAUUCUUUUUAAUUCAUUCCUGGUUUUACUUUAUGAAGGACUGUAAAAUGCUGCUAAAAUUGUCCAAGUUUACGCUUUGCAUUAGAUUUUUUUUAAAUGGAGACAGCAAAAUACAACUUUUUUCUCAGAGUGACCAAAACAAACAUCUCCUCUAUGUGCAGAGCAGGUGUUGAACAAUCAAGUCUGGAUUCAGUGAAUGUCAUUAUUUCUUUUAGUCUCAAAGGAGGCUUUGAGUGAGUUGACACAGUUUGCCAGAAUUUGUGGGUAAGCUCCCUGCACAGGGUGGGAAGCUAUACAGAUGACCUCUCUAAAAUCUGCUGGCUUCAGAUAACCUUACUUCUGGAUAUGAUAGAGAUUAUUUGCUUCAGCACAACACCACCUGGGAUUUUUUUGGGGGGUGGAGGAGUUCAGAGUGGUGUUUGUGGUGUUGAUUCAUCUUUUGGGGUUUUUUUUCCCAUGAAAUAAAGAUUAAUUUCAUUGCACAAAUAAAUUAUGGCCUUAACAUUUGCUAACACUUGUUAGUAGUGGUGGGAAGUUACCACGCUAUUUAAACAUUGUCUGAAGCUUCCGAAAACCAAAAUUUUCUCUUGCAAGGUUGUGCAUAAAACUUGAAAUCUUUUAUUACUUUUGUUGUUGUAACAUUUUAAUGAAUUUUAAAAGCAAUUUGUGUAUCAUAAGCAGUAUAUUUAAUACCAGAUUAAAGUAGGGUGCAGCGUAAUAGGAUGUGAUUCAAAGCCUCCUUUAUCUUUAGACUAGUAGGCUUUUCAUGUGCGUCAUUAUGUAUAAGCCAUGUAUUUUGUUUGCUCUGUGUAUUUGUCUAUUAAAUCUCCUGCGGUGCUGAGAUAUUCACAGCAGGGCCGACAUCCAAAUUAUUUUUCUUUGCCUAAAGCCUGUUUGCAAUGUGUGUCCUCCCUUCUGGUUGUCUCAGGCUUGAGGGGCGUGCACAUUCUGCAGUACCAUUUUCUCUCAGUGCACCAGGGCACCACCUGUACAGACUCUGCUUCUCCUUCCCUGGACCGUGUGU